AUGCCCAAGAACAAAGGAAAGGGUGGUAAGAACCGUCGUCGCGGAAAGAACGACAUAGGCGACAAGCGCGAGCUCGUCCUCAAGGAAGAGGGUCAAGAGUACGCUCAGGUGCUCAAGAUGCUCGGUAACGGUCGAUUGGAAGCACAAUGUUUCGAUGGCGAGAAGCGUCUUGCACACAUUCGUGGCAAGCUUCGAAAGAAGGUCUGGAUCAACCAAGGGGAUAUCAUCUUGAUCUCGCUCCGUGAUUUCCAGGAUGGCAAAGCCGAUGUGAUCCAAAAGUACAACGCUGAUGAGGCUCGUGCGCUCAAGCAGCAGGGAGAGUUGCCCGAGUCGGCCAAGAUCAACGAGACCGACACCUUCGGCGAAGAGGAGGGCGGCGAAAUCGAGUUCCAGGAAGGUAGCGAUGAUGACGAGGAUGACAGCGACGAUGAUGAGGAUCUUGACGAUCUCUAG